AUGUCUUUUCUGUUAGAUGGGUGUGAAAGUCUUUUCGAAUCUAAAGAAUGUAUUGGCAUAAGGAGGGAAAUUAAUGAUUUUUGGUUUGAUUUGAUAUGUAUGACAAAGCCAUACAAACGUAUACCUAUUGGAAGUCAUGGUGAUGGUAUACUCUUUAAUGCUGGACAAAAUGAUGAAGUAUUCCUUCUUGAAAACACAAUAGUUUUGCAAAAUGGCGAAUCCAAACUCUCCGGGAUUGUUAAUUUCUUGGCAAAAGAAACCUACAGCUCUCCAGGAUUUUGUCGUCUGCAACCCCUUCCUGGAUUAAAAUUUCAGAAUAAUAUUUGUAUGAAAGAAAGUGGAGUUAAUUUCCUAUCGAGUGAAAAGUUCAUCAAAAUGUGUUUAGAACUUUCAGGGAGAAAUUCCAAUGCAGAGGGUCCUUUUAUUAAAACUGAUGGUUUAAGACUGGCUUAUGGUUUACCAUUUAAAUCUUGGCCAGAAUGUGCCAAGGAAUGGUUGCAUCGAGAGAGACCGCGUUGCUGGCCCUCUGAAACUCUAGUGUCUAAAAUAAAGGACACAGCUUGCUACUGUGAAGCCAUAGCAAAUGAGCAAUCACCACGUCCUGGCCUGGAAUGGAGAAUUUCGUUUGCAGUUGUGGAGACUCUGUUGAUUAGAUCAAUGGAUAGUACGAUUUUUAAGCUGUAUCAGAUCUUAAAGAUUCUUGCCAGAGAAAAAAUUAAUACAGAGGCGGGAUGCCAAAAUAUAAUUUCGCCCUAUGUGAUCAGAAAUACGCUGUACUGGGUAUGCGAAAACGGGCUUCCAAAUAUUAUCAGCGAAAGUAAUUUUGAGUUUUGUCUGCACAUCUUCAUCAAUCAGCUUGAGAAAUGGAUUAAAGACAAUUUCUGUCCACAUUAUUUUGUUCCCAAAAGAAAUAUUUUCGAAGCUACUGUUUCGCCUAAUGGUAAGGCUUGCCUUUUGGAAUGUUUAACUGACAUUAAAAGUAAUAUAUUUUCAACUCUUUUAGAAUUACCGUCAUUUGAAAGACUAAAAUUGGACUACGAAGAAGGAAAUGUUAUAACAUUGCCUUCUCCUGAGGAAAUUAAGCUUUAUAAGGAAAUUUCAGUAUUCCACUACGCUUCCGGAAUCUCCUACUGUGUCCUUCACAGCAAGUAUGCUUUUGAAAUUUUGGAAAAUAUGGAAACAAUGUUUGCUGCAAACUUGCAGGAAUUCUCGGAAAUGCAAAUAUCAUUUCUGAAAAUUCUAUAUUAUCCUCUUGCAAAAGCAACUGGUACCAUUCUCUACAAAAGUGUUUUAAAAUCGACCAAUAACAAAUCCAUGUACUGUGGAAUCAGAUUAAGCAGAAAUCUUUCAAUACUCGGCAUCAAAACUGACAUCACUUCCGGACGUUUGUCACUAUCAACGUUUCAUUAUCUUUGUGGACAAUAUGAUUUAUGCAUUGAGUUAACGGACUCCGUUUUGAGAAAAAUUAAACCUUUUGCUGUUUACAACAGAAAAGAUUUUGGUAUAAUGCAAGGAAAUGAUCGUUUGAAAGCUUAUUCCGAAGUUAUACUUAAUGCAUCAAUACCUCUGGACAAGAAAAUGCACAGAGCAUUUUGGACUGACUUUGAGGUCUUUAAGGAGGCACCUGUUAUUCCGUCAUGUUUAUAUUUAGAAAAUGAGUUUUCUCCUGAUCCUCCUGUAGCAAUUUCCCUACCAGCAUUAGUUUAUGUCCAUUUUCUCCGCUUUCUUUCGUUCCAUGAGAUGGAAAAUGAAAGUGAAAUGCAUUCCAGCCUGUCAGAUUUGCGGGUCUUAUCUUAUGAUGAAGAACAUGGAGGAAAUUUAUGCCUCGCCUUAAACAUGUUUGGUAUUUGUGAAAUGAUAAGUGGGAAUAUACCAAUGGCUAUUAAAUACUUUGGUCAGUCUGCAUUAAGUUCAAAACGGGCCAAUAAUUUAUACCACGAUAAUAUAGGGUUAUGGAGAAUUGCCCUUCUUCUGAACUCCCGAGUCAAUAUGUGUCGGUUAUAA